AGUUACAUUUCAGACGUGAGGAUGGGGCUCACUUUGUUCUGUGUGCUGUCAUUGUUCUUGCUGAAUACACUCCUCUACUCUGGACACGCUCAAGAUGCUGAGCUGACCUUUGAACCCAACUCGACGUAUUUAUUUACUGGAGAGUUUGUUACGUUCAAAUGUGACAUGAGAGAAGGAAAGGACACUGACUGGUUUUACACAUUCAACAGGAACGGUCAACAAAUUGUCUCCUUCGAUUCAAGCAACUCGUACUCACUUAAGCUAACGGCCGACUUGAGCGGUGAUUAUCAGUGCAUUGGUCGUCACAAGGGCUCAACAAAUUUGAAAAAAAAGGACAAAAAACGUAAAGAAAAUUUGACCAAGCAGAGUAAUAAUGUCACUCUAUCUGCAUCAGCACAAAGACCCAUGGCCACUCUGAGAGCAGACAGGAUAACUAUACCAGUAGGGGGCUCUGUGACGCUGACCUGUUCUGUGGAAGGCUCUGCUGGCUGGAAAUAUCAAUGGUUCAGACGUACCUCCGAUUCCCCUGAAGCUAUGAUCGUUAGGAAUGGCGUACAAAACUUCAGCAUCUCACAAGUAGGCAUCUAUCGGUGCCGGGGAGGAAGAGGAAACCCAGUUUUCCUCACAGACUACAGUGAUGCACGUCGCAUUGAGAUAACUUUGUCCAACAAAAUCGUUGUGACGCCGCAACACAACUGGACUCAGAUAUUCAGUGGUGAGACGAUCGCUGUCACAUGCGAGAUCAAAGGAGGCACCGAGUGGGAGUACGAAUGGCGAACAACCGGCUCAAACACACCUCCAACACACAGUGAAUACAGCAUCAGCAGUGCCUCCGUUUCCCACAGUGGACGCUACUGGUGUAAGGGUAGAAGGGACCCGUAUUCCUCAACAGAGUGGAGUAAUGCCUUCCAACUGAUAGUAUUAUCAAAUAAACCCAAGCCCAAAGUUAUGGCAGAUAGGAGAACCAUACCACUUGGGGGCAAAGAAACACUGAACUGCUCUGUGGAGGACUCCGCUGAGUGGAUAUACUACUGGUUCAGACGGGCCUCUGUGUUUUCUGAAAGUCAGAUCAUUAGAGAUGGUGACCCAAAUAGAGUUAUCAGCAUCUCACAAGGAGGCAUCUACCACUGCAGAGGAGGGAGAGGAAACCCAGUUUUCUUCACAGAGGACAGUGAUCCAGUCACCAUUGAGAAGAGAGUUUCCAACAAGGUUGUUGUGUCGCUGCAACCCAACUGGCCUCUGAUAUUCAGUGGUGAAACAAUCACUGUUAGCUGUGGUAUUUAUAGAGGUGGAUAUAGGGAAUACACUGAGUAUGAAUGGAGCAAACCCAACUCAAACACAAUUCCAACACACAAUGGAUACAGGAUUAGCAGUGCUACUGUGUCCGACAGUGGAAACUACAGGUGCAUGGGUAAACAACAAUGGGACUCAACGGAGUGGAGCGAUGUCAUCACAUUGACAGUUUCAUCACACAGACCAAAGGCUAACCUGAGUGCUGACAACAGAGCCUUUCCAGCAGGGGACAGUGUGAUCCUGACCUGCUCUGUGAACCAAUCAUCAUUAUCUAGUUGGAAAUACUUGUGGUACAGAGGAGAGACAUUCUCUAUACCCCUGACCCGACAAGAUGCUGUUUUCCUCUCUACUGGACAAAUCGGUGUCUCACAGGAAGGACUCUACUGGUGCAUAGGACAAAGAGGAGACCCUGUUUACUACACAGAGUACAGUGAUUCAAUCAAUAUUCACAAAAUUGUCACAAACAGGCCUGUUGUGAGCCUUCAGCCCAACUGGCCUGAGAUAUACUCUGGAGAGACGAUCACUCUCACAUGUGAGAUCCAGGGAGGAGACACUGAGUGGGAGUACGAAUGGAUGACAACUAGCUCAUACAAACCUCCAAACCAAAAUGAAUGCAAGAUAAGUUCUGCUUCGGCAUCCCACAAUGGAGACUACUGGUGCAAGGGCAGACUGAAAAGAGCCCAACAGAAUUCAACAGGGUGGAGUAUCUCCUUCAAAUUGACAGCAUCUUAUUACACACCCAAGCCUGUCCUCACUGUUUCUCCAUUAUGGCUGAGUCCUGGAGACUCAGUAACUCUGAACUGCAAUGUUGAACCUCCAUCUAAAGGAUGGAGGUUCUACUGGUAUAAGGCUGUCCCCAAACCAGCAGACAAACAUGACAUGACACACAUGUAUAUCCCCCGCCACUACGGUUGGAUGGAUUAUCAUGGCGUUCAAAACUCCUACAGCUAUGAGCUGCUACCUGGCAGCACCAGUGGGACUGAACAGGAUUCCUACAUCAUCCGUGGACAGACGCACACAGCAGGAUAUGUGUGCAGCGCCGGAAGAGGAGACCCGGUUUAUUACACUGAGUAUAGUAAACCAAAAUUUGUCUGGUCUGGAGAUGUUCAUCCAUCAGCGUCUCUCACAGUGAGUCCUGACAGAGCGCAGCAUUUAACCUCUGACUCUGUCUCACUGAGCUGUGAGGGAAACUCUUCUGAGUGGAAAGUGAGGCUGUUUUCUGAGAAUGGCUACCCGUCAUACUGCUUUAACUGGGGAACAAUGACUGGAUCCACAUGCUACAUAGACAACCACUGGUCCCGUAAUGGUGUGUACUGGUGUGAGUCUGGAUCAGGAGAGUUCAGCAAUGCAGUCAACAUCACUGCAGAUUAUUUUAUUAUCCUGGUGAGCCCUGUCCAUCCUGUGACUGAGGGAGAUUCUGUUACUCUCGGCUGCAUACGGAGGACUGAAACAAUACUUUCCAAUGUCACUUUCUACAAAAAUGACAAACUCAUCCAGAAUGAUACCAGAGGGGAGCUGAAAAUCUCUGCAGUGUCAAAGUCAGACGAAGGCUUCUACAGGUGUGAAGACUCUGCAGAUGUUUCACCAGAGAGUUGGAUGUCAGUAAAAUCGUCCAGUUCUCCAUUUCCCGUGCUGUUGAUCGCUGGGCUGGUUGGUGGUAUCCUACUGAUAGUUCUCUUGCCUCUGGUACUGCUGUGUUGGUACAAAAAAACAAAGGAUACAUGUUGUCACAGGCUCAUCCAGCCUCAGGGAACCAAUCAGAGCUCCGCUACAGUCCAAACUGUCAACCAAGAUGAAAAUCAACAGCAACUAUACUCCUCCCUUCUCCAUGGUGAUCCUUGUGUCUAUGAUACUAUCAUUGGCUCUGGGAACACAGGACGUGGUGAACAGGCAGAUGGUUACAGAUCUGUCGUAUCUCAGAUUCAGCUCAAUGAUCUUGGAAAGAUGAGAAUACAUGAUGACGCCGAGGAGAGCUCUGACUACAGCAAUGUAAAUCCAGGUUCAACUGCAGGUCUAUAAAGAGAAGUGCAUCAUCAGCAAAAUAAGGGAAGCGUGGACGACAACGUGAAAAACAACAUUCUUGUUUAAACAGUCACCCGAUUCGACUGUUAUCAGGCCAUUAAAUAUGUGUUGUCAGUCGCUAUAAGCACCAUAGAUGUGUGUCAUUAGGGGCCUUCUACGCCUACUACGUUGUGAAAGUGAAACCUAAA